UCCUUUUUAAAAGUCAUUGAAGAGUCAUUGGAUUAUGUCAACCACUGACAUGAUCAGCACCACCCUGGACAGUGGGGAACAAAUUGUCAAUCACAACCUGGGAUCACAUCAUGAAUUUUUCUAUAAAAACUGUCUAUACAGGUUAAACUUUGUUUUCCUUCUUUGGAUCUCAAUGACAUUCGUGUGCUCGGGUUACCCCAUUGGCCCUUCCAAGAGCAACAAUCCUUUUUAUUUGAAUUGCCAGCUGCAUGGAAAAUCUGAUUAUUGCCUGCUCCUGCUGAACAGCUGCUUAGCCAAGGUGGGCAGGGAUGAAGAACUGGCUCUUUUAAAGCCUCACCUGGAGACACCUCUCGACAAAAGGUCCUUUCGCAACGGCGUGGGAUCGGGAAUUAAAAAAACUUCCUUUCGAAGAGCAAAGUCAUGAACAAGUGCCCCCAACCACGGCCCCCCUUUUGACAUCUGAUGUUCAACUUUGUGCUUAAAGAGUUAUUUUGAUGCUUUUCUAGGAUCAGACCAGCCCGUGUCCUCAGCAUGUAACCGGGUGUUUGUUCCCGAGCGCUCGAGCCGAGCGGAGCAGAUGGGAUUGCUCGGAACGGGCUUUGUUCCCCAAGUUACAGUGUCAUAAAGUUUUGUCUUGGAAUGAAUGUUUUCAGUUGUUUAAUUCCCCUUCUUUGUAAAGCUACAGAUUUAAUCAAGUUGCUUUUGAUUAAUACCAAGAUAAUCCUAUGCUAUGAGUAGAUGUGUGUUCGCAGCCUGUGGGGAGGACGGAGAAUAUUAUUCCCAAAAUCCCUCCUCUCUGCCAUAGAGACAAACACGAGGCAAUCCUCUGCUUUCCUGUCCCAAAUCACAUUUACUUGAAGGCAACUGCUCUGGCAACUUUAAUACACAUUUAAAGUACAUUUUAUUUCAGAUUUCCAAAGAUAUGAAGGGCCACUGAUGAAAGGCAGAAUCAGGCCCUACUUGUAACUUCCACUGGCUUUUUAAUAUAGUUAUUUAAAAUUACUUUAGCAGAGAAUAAUCUCUGGAGACGUGUCAGCUCAUUUCCAGAAGAGUCCUGGGAAAUCACUGUAAGGCAGGGUAUCAGCACUGCUCCCUGUGCCUCAGUUAAUUGACUUCAGUAGGCAACACACAGCUGAGGAAAUGUGCCAAAUGUGGGAUUUUUUUAAAAUUUCCUGUUAAAAAAAAGAAAAAAAAAAGAAAAAGGUAAUUUUGUCUGAAAAUAGGUAAAUGCAGGAUGUAAGAAAGGUCAUCUGCUGAGUUACACGUGUGAGUUCUACCUUGUGGCUGUUUCCUCCAAGUGCUGUGAUGCUGGCUUGAAACGUGGCAGAGUGUCCAUGCAAUUCCUUUUGCAUUCAAAGCUAAGAUACUACUAAUAAAUCAAUAGAUGGAUGUUUUCUAAUAUUCCCCUGUUAAAGAUCAUAACCCAGGAGAUCAUUAUUAACCCUACAAAAAGGUGGUAUGGCAUCAUCACCUCCAUGGUGCCCAAUCCUGCGUUUUGCACCUCUGAGCCCGUGGGGAAAAGUGACCUGAUCAUGGAGCUCUUUUGGUGGGAUAUCAGAUUUCUGGAUGAUUCCUGGCUGAUUCAGGGAGAUCAAACACGCUCCUGUCUGUGUUUGUCCAAGUUGAAAAGUUUAAUGCUUCAUAUUUUUUAGAGCUGCUUAGACACUUGGGCUCCUUUGGGACAGUGCUGGUCUCUAGGUUUCUUAGCUCUUGCAUCUCUUUGUUGAGUGUCUCCUAGAGAAUAUUAAAAAUUUAUAAGGAAAAUAUCAGAUAUUUGUUAUUCUCAUGAAUUCUGUCUCCUGUACUGUCAGAUGAGCAGGGCAAGAGCAGUGACACAGGAAUUCCACUGCAGCAGGACAUUGGUCCUGUUCCGCUCUUGGCUGCUGUGAUUUUGGCCACAGCAGUCUCUUGCAAAUACAAUUGUCCAACUCCAGCAGCAUCCAGGUCUCUCCAGAACUGCCCAAAAAGCUGUGGCUGCCUCAUCCCUGGAAGAGUCCAGGGCCAUGUUGGAUGGGGCUUGGAGCAACCUGGGCUAGUGGAAGGUGUCCCUGCCCAGGGCAGGGCAUGGAACGGGGUGACCUUUAAGAUCUAUUCCAACUCAAAGCAUUCUGGGAUCCUGUGAUUCCAUGAUUCCAUGGUUCUGUUCUGUAUCUGUGCACAGCUGUGGGGAUGGAGAUGUUUUGCCACAGUGCAGCUUC